AACUGAUGGGCCGUUUUGUUCUUGACAGACCAUGAUGCUCGGGAGCUUGCUGUUUGCCGUGUGUUGUAGCACAGCACUGGCCCAUUUCAACACAAAUCUAGACCAGCACUGGGAGUUGUGGAAGAAGACACAUAACAAGUUUUACUCUACUAAGUUUGAAGAACUGGGCAGGAGGGAGUUAUGGGAGAGAAACCUUGAACUUAUCACCCUUCACAACCUGGAGGCCUCCAUGGGUCUGCAUUCAUAUGACCUGGGCAUGAACCACAUGGGUGACAUGACACCAGAGGAGAUUCUGCAAUCAUUCGCCAUGACUCGUGUCCCUCCUAACUAUAAGAGGCAAACGGUGAAUCUUGUGGGCUCUUCUGGGUCUCCUGUUCCAGACUCUCUAGACUGGAGAGAGAAGGGAUAUGUCUCCAGUGUGAAGAUGCAGGGUGCAUGUGGUUCGUGUUGGGCGUUCAGCUCUGUUGGGGCUCUUGAAGGUCAGCUGAUGAAGGCCACAGGAAAGCUGGUCGACCUCAGUCCUCAGAAUCUGGUGGAUUGUUCCUCCGGUUACGGCAACAAGGGCUGCAAUGGUGGUUUUAUGAGUUCUGCCUUCCAGUACGUUAUUGAUAAUGGAGGAAUAGAUUCUGAGUCCUUUUACCCUUAUGAAGGAGUGCAAGGGCAGUGCAGAUACAAUCCAUCUCAUGCUGCAAACUGCACCAAGUACUAUUUCGUUCCUCAAGGAGAUGAGGAGGCCCUAAAGCAGGCUUUGGCCAAUAUCGGGCCCAUUUCAGUGGCCAUUGAUGCCACCCGCCCUCACUUUGUCCUGUACCGCAGUGGAGUUUACAAUGACCCAACCUGUACAAAAAAAGUAAACCAUGCAGUUCUGGCUGUAGGAUAUGGUGCGAUUGCUGGACAGGAUUUUUGGUUGAUCAAAAACAGUUGGGGUACCCAUUUUGGAGAUGGUGGCUACAUCCGUAUAGCCAGAAACAAGAACAACAUGUGUGGCAUUGCAGAAUAUGCCUGCUUUCCAGUUAUGUAGCUGCAACAUUUCGAA